AGAAUGCCUAUUAUCAGCAAUGCCAACCACGACUUUAGCACCUACUCAAUUAGCAGUGACGACAGUAGCCUUGACCGAUUCUUCACAGAGAUCCCUGAAACAGAGACGAUCAAGGGGGUGUACUUCCAGCGGGCCCAGCUUCUACGUGAGCCGAAGGCCUCGCAUGUGGUCGAUCACACCCUUCAAGUCCUUGUCAAUGUUGGAGGCAAUCGCUAUACCUUCCCCUGGAGCACACUGGAGCAAUUCCCCCAGAGUCGCCUGGGACGCCUGCGCUUCUGCACCACCCCUGAGGAGAUUGCGCACCUCUGCGAUGAUUAUGAUGAGACAUGCAAGGAAUACUUCUUUGACCGCAACCCCACAGCUUUCAGGGUCAUCCUAAACUUCCUCGCAGCAGGCAAAUUGCGUCUCCUCAGGGAAUUGUGUGCCGUAUCGCUGCAUGAUGAGCUCGACUACUGGGGCGUUGACCCAGGUCACAUGGAGCGGUGCUGCCGUCGUCGCAUGAUCACCCGUGUGGAGGAGGUGGCCGAGCGAGAGCGCAAAGAAGAGGAAUGGAGACAGAAGAGGAUGAUGCUGAAGAAAAACAUAGCAGAGGUGGAGAGAGGCCACUGCAAGCUGAUCUGGAUGCUGCGGGAAGUGGUGGAAAACCCUCACUCAGGAUUGGCAGGAAAGAUUUUUGCUUGCCUCUCUGUCAUGAUGGUGCUGGUCACCGUGGUCAGCCUGUGUAUCAGCACCAUGCCAGACCUCAGAGAUGAAGAGACCAGGGGCGAGUGUUCCCAGAAGUGUCACAGCAUGUUUGUGGUGGAGUCCAUCUGUGUAGCCUGGUUCACGUUUGAAUUUGUGCUGCGAUUUAUCAACGCCCAGAGCAAGCUGGCCUUUGCUCGUGGGCCCCUCAACAUCAUCGACGCCAUCGCCAUCCUGCCGUACUACGUGUCGCUGGUGGUGGAUGUCAGAGACGAGUCCGAGGAGGAAGUGGUCAUGGGUGCUGGCAGGGGCUACCUGGACAAACUGAGUCUCAUUCUGCGCUUGCUGCGCGCACUGCGCAUCCUGUACGUUAUGCGGCUAGCUCAUCACUCCCUGGGCUUGCAAACGCUGGGGCUGACCAUGCAGCGCAGCAUGAGGGAGUUUGGCCUACUGCUGCUAUUUGUCUGCGUGGCCGUUACUCUCUUCUCACCUUUGGUUCACCUCGCAGAGAGCGAACUGGCGCCGUACGCCGCCACCCACCCGCAGCACAGCUUCAGCAGCAUCCCGGCCACUUACUGGUGGGCAAUCAUCUCUAUGACAACUGUUGGUUAUGGGGACAUGGUCCCCCGCAGCAUCCCUGGUCAGAUGGUGGCAUUGACUAGUAUCCUGAGUGGAAUCCUCAUCAUGGCCUUCCCUGCCACUUCCAUCUUCCACACCUUCUCCCGCUCCUAUCAGGAGCUAAAGCAGGAGUACGAGAGGCUCUGGAAGGAGGAGAGAGGCGAGGAAAUAGCAGCAGAGUCAGAGGAGAGAUGCACCAAGGUCGACUUGACGUUAGUUCACAAUUUGGAGCUGACAACAGACAGAGAUGAUCAUUCGACUCUUCCAAGUACAGCUUUCUAACGAAACAGUAAUCUCGGAAAUGCAUCGAGAAAAAAACAUUCUCUUAGCAAGACAGAUGUUUGGACAAUUGUUUGUUCUUUCUGCCACAUUUUGAACCAAUCAGAACAAGUACAACUGGAGAACAUCACAGUUACAGAUCAGCAAGUAACCAGUAUCACUUGUCAAGAGAUGACUGAAAUAAACUCUACGCCUUUUUCUAUUCAGUUCUGUUAUAACUGAUUCUUUUGUCAACUUACCGUGUGUCUCUUGUGACAGCUUGUAACUGCCUAUUGCUUUCGGGAACAUUUAUUAUGUGCAUAUCUGGAUCUCGUCAUGUCGCUUUGAUAUUUGGCACUACGUAUUUGCAAGGUUAUAGACACUAACCAAAGUUUGGACAUCAUACGUCUCUUUAUCUAUUAGUCACCCAUUUAGGACUGAAUUGAACCCGUUUGUAAAAUAUGGAACCAUUCAGUAGACAUUUUAAUCCAAUGUAUGUGGAUGUGUUUUGAUGUGGAAGAACCUGAGAGUCACAAACACAAUUGUGGUUAUCUAAAGCA